AUGUCUGGCUUUCGCGCCGUCAACACCACCUUGACCGUCCCGGAGCCGCCGCCCGGCCACUCGGGCGAGGAGACGACCCCGACCACGCCGCGCCCGAACAAGCUCUUCGGCGCCGACCACCACCACCUCCACCACCACCCUCACGACCAGCGUCAACUCGACGAGCAGUCGGCAAAGACGCCUACCCGCGACAGCUUCAGCGGCCUGGCCGGCCAGCGCCCGCUGCCCGCAGACCCCUCGGCCGCUGCCCCGGAGUCCAAGAAGCAGGCCCGCAACAGCACGCUGCGCCGCGGCAACUCGGACAACUCGACCCGCUCCGGCGACAACCAGGAUGUUGUGAUGGACGACGAGGAUGGCCACGCCGCCUCCGAGAACGAGAGCGUCAACAGCGACAACCGGCCGACCAAGAAGAAAAAGGGCCAGCGCUUCUUCUGCACAGACUUCCCUCCUUGUCAGCUGAGCUUUACCAGAAGCGAACAUCUGGCCAGGCACAUCAGAAAGCACACCGGCGAGCGGCCGUUUCAGUGCCACUGCAAUCGCCGCUUCUCGCGCUUGGACAAUCUUCGUCAGCAUGCCCAGACCGUCCACGUAAACGAGGACAUCCCCGGUGAUUCCCUAGCGGCAACCGGCACGAGAUUCCAGCGUAGUCCAGGUCCUCGAUAUCCCUCCGGCAUCGAUUCCCCCGCCUCAACCGCACAGAGGCCAGUCACGUGGGCCGGCCACGUUCCUGGGCGUCGCUUGUCCGUCCCUUCAGGCAGCGGGAACCCGUUCCAGGGACCUCCCGGCACCAACUACCCACCUCCCUACAUCAGCCCGCUGACGUCGUCCACCCCCUCCAACUACUCCAACACCGGAAGCUUCCUCAACAGUCCCACCGGCUCGACUUUCUCCAGCGAUUCCCGACGCGAGUCCGUCAGCUCCGAUGCUGAUUGGCGGAGAAGAACAUGGCACCCCGGGACGUACUCUGCCCUGACUCCCAGACCGGCCACGAGCGGCCUGAGCUACUACCAGACUCCAGAUGCGCCACAACCAUCCUUCUCAUCCCAGCCUGCCGCCAACCAGCCCGCCUCGAGUCAAGUAACCCGUCUUCCCGGGAUAGAGUCGUUCGACCACGCGCCGCCGCCGCCGUCGCUCACCACCCAGCGCCCAUCGAGUCCGAUGCAGGUCGACCAGCCGAACCGGCCGGCAGCGAUGGAACCCUCGACGCCGAACGUUCGCGAGCACAGGGGUCAUCACCACCACCACAGCUCUCUGGAUCUUUCGCUACAAAGAGGAAUUCACAAACUAGACAUUACAAACUCAACACCACCACGAGAACCCGGCUCGUGGUUUAGCUUUGGAAGCAGUAGAGAUCAAGGGCAAUCCCAGAGGCCGACAACAGCUCCGCACCCGACCUUUUCGGCGAACCGCGCCGCUCCUCCACCUCCGCUAACUCACCUCAGCCGGCCUUCAACGGGAGGCGAGUCAAGUCACAGCUCGCAGGAUCCCACGCAACCGACGACACCACGCAGGAACAAACGACAAGCCUGGUACAUGGGGCCGCUUCAACACGCUCCCCAGCACCAGCAACAGGUCCAGCAACACGCCUACAGGAACCAAAGAACUUCUCCGGAGGACUCUAGUAGCAGCGAAGGCGUGCCCACGCCGUCGACAUCGUCACUGGGCGAGUAUUACCCGGUGAUUGUGCAGAACAACGGAAACGUGGAGGAGCGGCCAUCCAGCAUGCACAUGGAGGACCCCGCGAAGUUCACCUUUCCCCAGCCGCCGCAGGCAGCGAACGAGCGCCCCCCGACGCAUCCGGGAUACCACUUUGGAACCCAGCCACCCUAUGCGCACGGACAAACGGCAACGGCAUUCGGCGGUCACCAGCAGGGCCAAAACGGACCCGGCGACAUGAGAAGGUUGGAGGCUCUCGUGGCGGUUGCCACGGGCGAACGUCCCACGAACCGGGCCUGA